ACUUUGAUUAAUCCUUGAUCGGAGAGAUGCGAAUUUGGGAGGGAGUAUGGUGGUGUUUGGGUGCACUUGCUCUUUACCUGCCCGGAUGGAGAUUCAGCAGUGAUGCAGAUGUUCUUGAGUCGGUCCCUCGGAUUAAUCCGAUGAGUGAAUUGGCCAAACUGUUGGAGUUUAGGCGGACACCUUUGGUGGUUGGAGUUUCUGGGACCGUUUGCUGUGAAAAUCCAAUCCACUGUGAGUUUGCUGGUUUACGAGGCGUAGUUGUUAUGCAAACGGCAGCACAAAGGUUUCUGAAACGCAACGAGAAAGGUGAGUGGCAGAUGGGUUAUACUUCGCUACUUUCAGAAUGUAAAGAAGUGCCCUGGUAUUUGGAUGAUGGAACUGGCCGGGUGAAUGUGGUCGGAGCUACAGAUGCCUCAGGCUUUACAUUUCCAGCUUCAAGUGGUCAAUUUGAACAGUCCAGGAGAUGCCACAAAUGUGAGAUGAACAGACUCGAAUGUGAGACAAAGAGAAGCGUCGAGCGUGAGAGAAUAGAUGACCGUGAAGGCAUCAAGUUACUGGGAGUCCAGAGAACUGAGCAUGUACUUCCAAUUGGUAUUUCUCUGAGUGUUGUUGGUGAGGCCGUCAAAGACAACGUUGGUACCAUUCGCAUUCAAAAACCCCACAAAGGGCCAUUUUAUGUCUCCACCAAAUCCAUCGACGAGCUCAUUGCGAGCCAUAAGAACUGGGCAAGGUUUCUGAAAUGUGCAUCUUUUGGUGUGGCUGUGAUCGGUCUUACUUUGAAUGCCGCUGAACUUGAUAAGUACAUCAGGGAAAGACUGCGCCGCUCCGAAUGGAUGAGAAGCAGGAGAAGGGCUGCUGCUGUAGCUGAUAUAAGAUCUCGGCAACAUAAUGCAGGUUCAUCGGACACAAGGGCCGUUGCUGCAGAUUAUAUAAGAUCUCAAAGAGAUAAUGCAGGCGAAAGGGCUGCUGCUGCACCAGACGGGGCCAAUUCAUGUGUGAUAUGCCUUGAGCAGCAGUACAAUGUUGUUUUCAUCCCGUGUGGUCAUAUGUGCUGUUGUACAACUUGCUGCUCGCAGCUGACCGAAUGUCCCCUCUGCCGGCAACCAUUUUCUCAGGCGGUGAGGACAUUCCGCCCUUAAGAGAACGCUUAAUGCGAUAGGUGGUCUGGUAGAUCGACGAAGAGAUCUCGUUGAUAUGAUAAUAUUUUUUUUCAGGAAUCUGUUAGACUUCAAGUGUUCUUAGCUUAAACUGGAAGUCUGAGUUUUGUUAUGCGUAAUAAAUAUGCAUCGUGUUAUAAGGAUA